GCGAGGCGCGUGACCAUGCGCGCGCCCGUGGCUGUUUACGGGACAAGAACUGCGGCGAGCUAGCUCGCGCGUUCACAUAAGCCAAACGUAUUAUGAUCUGAAUUAAUGUGUUGUAACUUUGCUCAGAAACGCGUGCCAGACGCGUCGCGUCGCUGAUCUGGAUGAUGUAUCGCUCAAUGUUUGACUUCAGCUCUGCGGAGCGGAACGCGCUGCGCUUCCCCGCGGGCGAGUCUUUCCUCAUCCUCGAGCGCAGCAGCGCGCACUGGUGGCUCGCGACGCGCUGUAGCUCUGGCGAGACGGGAUACAUCCCCGCGUCAUAUAUAGAGAAAAUACCGGCACCUGAGCAUGAUGAGGUGUUGCAGUCGAUAGAUCGCGCUAUUGAGGCCAUUCACAAUGUAGCCAUGACAAACGGAGGCAAAUAUAACCUGGAGCAGAGAGAUGUCCUGCAGAAGUUAAUCCACCACAGAAAAGAGACGCUGACCCGCAGAAGCCCGACUCCAUCCAAUCACAAGCAGAAACUCCCAUCAUCCUCGAGUGAGGUGUCACUGAGCCGAACGCCACCGCUGCCGCCCAACGGGUUGAGUCGAGCCCACAGCUGCCAGGGCGACCAGCCCAUCUCAGAUAGUGUGCCCGUGGUCUAUCAGGUUCCUCCUCAUCCUCGCAGAGCUGCACCUGUAACUCCUCCUCCUCCAGAGAAACAAAGAAAUCUGCAACGCAGAGAUCCAGACGUGUCAGUGAGAGAAUCCUCCUCAAGCCCCGCCCACAUUGCAGUUUCUGCUGCUGCCGCUGCUGUUGGACCCUCUCUGUCUAUAAGCUCCGCCUCUUUAGACUCUGGCUCCUCCCGCUCUGUCAUUUCCUCAGACGUCAGUCUUCCCAGUCUCAGCAGUACUCCUCCUCCUGUGCCAAAACGAGGCAAGGCUCCACCUCCUCCUACACCUGACCAGUCCUCAUCUCCAUUAGCCCAGCAAGAUUCUUCUAACAGUAGCCCCGCCUCUCAGCCGAUCAAUUCGCAGACCACACCCACUCUCCUGCCUGAUCGAUCCCCUACUCCGGAGAUGCCAGGUCCUCAGCCGAUCAAAUCGCAGCUUGACCGAUCGGAAGCCGAGUGGCCGGCGGCCCCAACCCCGGUUUCUCUUAGCCCCGCUGGUAGCCCCUCCCGGUCCGCAGAAGUUCCCAUGACGAUUGGACCCGAACUGAUUGAAUUAGUGAGGAAGAACACGGGCCUCAGUUAUGACCUGUCGCGGGUCGCUGUGGGCGUGGUGGUGGGACACCUGCAGAGUGCUUUGCCAAAGGCUGCUACUGACCUGGAGCGAGUCCUGAUGUCUUUGGUGGAGAGUAAGGAUCUCGGCUCGGCGCUGCCGCUCGGGCAGGUGUGUCAUGACGAGCAGCGGCUGCAGGUGAUCUUUGCAGACUUGGCACGUCACCGCGACGAUUCCCAGCAGCGCAGCUGGGCUCUGUACGAAGAUCACGCGCUCAUCGCGUGUUACCUGGAGGAAUUACUGCAGAUACUGACUGAUGCAGAUCCAGAGGUGUGUAAAAAGAUGUGUCGAGUGAACGAGUUCGAGCCGGUUAUGUCGCUGGUGUCCUACUAUCAGAUGGAGCAUCGAGUGUCGCUGCGUCUGCUGCUGCUUAAGGUGUUCGGUGCCAUGUGUGGCCUGGACGCUGCGCUGAUCUCCGCACUCCUCAACUCGGUGUUGGCCAUGGAGCUCGCGCGGGACCUGCAGAACGACACCCAGGAGCAUGAGAAGAUGUGCUACAGUGCGUUGCUGAUGGCCAUGAUCUUCUCCAUGGGUGAACAGUUACCCCUGCAUCACUAUGAGCAUUUGAAUGGCAGUUUCCUGCAGUUUCUGUUGGAUGUGAUUGAGGACGGUUUGCCUUCUGACCCGACAGAACAGCUGCCGGACCUCUUCAUCAACCUCCUGUUGGCCUUCAAUCUCCACCUGAGCGUACCAGAAAGUAACAUUGUCAUGAAGGCGCUGAUGAAGAGACACAAUGUGAAGAUUCUCCCUGAGAAAAUCCUGUUGUUACUCAACAGAGGAGAUGAUCCAGUGUGUCUGUUCAAUCACUCUCCUCCUGCUCCACACGCUGUGCUGAAGUUUCUUCAAGAUGUGUUUGCCAGUCCGGACACUUCAGAUAUUUUCUACCGCACAGACCUGAUGGUGAUGAUCGACAUUGCAGUGAGACAGAUAUCAGACCUGUCGCCUGGUGAUAGAAUGCGUAUGGAGUAUCUGUCUCUCAUGCACGCUAUCAUGCGCUCUACUGAUUAUCUGGAGCAUCAGCACCGAUUGUGUGACCUGCAGGCAGCGCUGCAGAGGAUUCUGGGAGAGGACGAGGACUCUGGGCUAGAUGAGGGAUCGAGCAGACAGAUGGACAAACUCAUUGUGCAGCAGAUCUAUAAGGAGUUUCCUCAGAUUUCUAAAAACUGAUGUUUGCGCAUGUAGUUUAACCCUUCACGUGUUAUUUCUCAAUGACAUCAUUCAGUGCUCAUCGGUAACAACAGUUCAGAUUCUUUCAAUAUAAUGGCAUCGUUAUCAGCGCAAUGGUCUGUCAUUGACUUAAACACAUAAACAUCUGCUGUGGCUCGUGCUUAACUAAAUAUCAGCAGAAGAAAUGGCCUGUAGUGUCUGUACAGCUGCUGUUUGUUUAUUUGUGGUUUCUCUGAUGUUCUUCUUCUGCUUUCUCAUCACUGACAGUAAAAACACUAAAAUGCUGCUUAAAUGAGUAAUAUGAGUUUACUUGUUAUUCUCUCAGUAUUAAAACAAUUAUACAGAAACAAGAACAACAGCACUGAACGCAUGGUUUGUGCUUAGCUUAUGUAUGGGUGUCUGUCAGAUUAGUUAUCAUUUUGUCUUUAAAACAUCAGGCAGAUUAUAAACAGCUAAAAUAUCUAUUUUUACCCUUUCAAUUUUUGUUGUUGUGAAGGGAAAACAGGAACGAUAUAUUUUCUUAAUGUUGAAAUAUUAAUAAAAUGUUGCCAUUGUCUUAAUGCACCUUCAA